UAACUAGACUCGUCAACCGGAGUUCAAGAUGGCGAUCAGCGAGCUGCUAAUAUCGCAACUUAUCGAUCAUUAAUAUAGCAUCUAAGUCAUCAUACUAUUAUAAACCAUACUCGUUAUGUCAGUAUUUCAAAUCAGCUUCUUAUACCGUCCUAAAGCAGUGGAUAUCCGACACUAGUGUCUAGUGAAAGAUUGUGUUUGUUGUUUUUUAGCUUACGUCAAAUAGAAAUAGUUGCUGAUCAGCUUUAUGAAACUGUUUGGAAUGAUUGGGAAGUUUUCAUUAGUUUGGAGGUCAACAUGUCGCUAAGAGAGUUAAAAGUAUGCCUCCUUGGGGAUACCGGGGUUGGAAAGUCAAGUAUCGUGUGGAGGUUUGUGGAGGAUAAUUUUGAUCCCAACAUUAAUCCCACAAUUGGAGCAUCAUUUAUGACGAAGACUGUGCAGUACCAAAAUGAGCUUCACAAAUUCCUCAUCUGGGACACAGCGGGACAAGAAAGGUUUCGUGCCCUGGCUCCCAUGUACUACAGAGGCUCUGCUGCGGCUAUCAUUGUCUAUGACAUCACUAAAGAGGAAUCAUUCCAGACGUUGAAGAAUUGGGUGAAGGAGCUUCGCCAGCACGGACCACCCAACAUAGUGGUGGCUAUCGCUGGCAACAAAUGCGAUCUCUCCGAUGCCAGAGAGGUGUCAGAGAAGGACGCCAAGGACUAUGCUGACUCCAUUCAUGCCAUAUUUGUAGAAACCAGUGCCAAAAAUGCCAUUAACAUCAAUGAGAUCUUCAUUCAGAUAAGUCAAAGGAUCCCAGUUAUAGACGCGGGUGGCGGGUCUGCAGUCAAGGGCUUCAAACUUCGUGGCCAGCCAUCAGAGUCGACUAGGGAACGCACUUGCUGUUGACGUAACCGUAAACAAUUUGGCCAGAUCCUCUCCAGCCGCUUUUUUUAAUUUCAAUUAGUAACCAAUGAUAAUAGCAGAUGAAGAAUGUGAUGUCAUAGGGGAAGAUACGUAACUUCCUUUUGGAGCCAAAAAAAAAGUUCAGUUAAGAAUGGAAUGAGAUAUAUACAGUAGUAUGAAUCCUGAUGCAUUUCCUAGAGAAAAGGAAGUCGUUGUACCUUAUCUUGCCUGUUCUUCAGCCCCCCGUUCAAAUGUCUUUGGGGAUCUAUUUCUGUUCUAGAUCACUGCCCAGAAUCAGACAGCAACUAAAAACACCUGCUUAACAGAUCAGAUACUGUCCUGUCUUGCUCUCUUUCUCUCUCGUUCAUUCUCAUCCCUGCGCAACAACCACUGCAAAACUCUUAAGAAGUUUCCAGGUGAAGCUGUUGUCUGUCCAUCUGUACAUUUUCAGAUUUUCAGCAAUCCUAAUGCAAGCAACACAGCGUUCUUAUCUCACUAUUUGCACAUUUUUAGUGUGUAUGAUAAAAGAAAAAAUGUCAUUCAG